UUUCCAGAAAGAAGUUAGCUGUGUCGCUAGCGGUGUUAGCCAAGCCCGCCCGCCCGCUGCCCGAAACGGUGCGUAGUACACGUCGUUAAAUGAUAUAGGGCGUCGUUCGAUCCCCUCGCCGCAUUACAUCAACCGUUAGCACCAAACCUAACGUAUCAUACAAUAAAAUACAAGAGUGGAUAUCGAUUUUAGUCUUUCCGCGGACUUAGUGGUGUCACCGUAAACGCGUGUGCUGCCCAGACUGCUGCUCUCGGAAGUCUAUCAACGCAGUAAACCUUUGCCAGGAUUUCCGGCUCCUUUCCAUUUGCCCUAUGCUGUUUUGUUUCCGUUUAUUCUAUUUCCGUUUCUCAAACUUUCCCCCCAUUCAGAGUUCAAGUGCUAUUAACGCUCGUCUUUUUGAAAAUUUCAUCUCACAGCACAGCCAUCGCCCACAGAGGGCUUCCAUAGCCUCAGAGGGGCAUUCAUGACAAAGGCAGCCCUCAGGAGAAGAGUACAAAAUAAUUUGGAAGGAAGCUCACCACUCUUUUGAGAGACAAUGUCCAAGGGUGGAUCAGAUGAAAUGAUAGAGAUCGAGAUUGACGAACAGGAAAAACAAGCAUGCAUCGAGGAGGGGAGCAUGGAGGAACAGACCAUCAUGGCGGCAGAUCUGAUCCAGCAAGACAUCGACAUCAACGAGCCAGUCGGCAAUUUGAAGAAGUUGUUGGAGCCUCGUCUCCAAAUGUCACUGGAUUCAUUUGAAAUAUGCUUGCAGGACAUUCAGUUACACCCAGAUCACAGCCUCUUUGAUCAGGGCGUCAAAACAGAUGGCACGGUACAGCUCAGCCUGCAGCUCAUCACCAAACCAGGCGACGAGAGGUUGAACAUCUUGGAGAUCGUGAAGCCCGUCGAGACAGUGGAAGUGGUGAUCGACCCGGAUGCGGCGGGGGAGGAGGGCUCGCUGGUGGACGAGGGACAGCUCAUCGCCGUGGAGCGAUCCGGCCUGUCCGACGAGACUUCGGAGCAGGUGACGCGCUGGGCCGCUGCGCUCGAAGGGUACCGCAAGGAGCAAGUCCGGCUCGGCAUCCCAUAUGACCCGGUUCUGUGGACGGCCGACCAGGCGAUCCACUGGGCCGUGUGGGUGAUGAAAGAAUUCAACAUUGACGAAAUGGAAAUCGGGAGCAUUCACAUUCCCGGUCGAAACCUUUGUGCCUUCAGCCAAGAAGAGUUCCUCCAGAAAGUGCCAAACGGAGAGAUCCUUUGGAGCCACCUGGAACUCUUACGCAAAUAUGUUUUGGCAAGCCAGGACCAGUCCGGGGGGGACGCCACUGUCACCAUUGAUCAACCUGUGCAGAUAAUACCGGCUCAAGUCAACACGCCCACGGCCAUUAAAGUGUUGAAGCAGAACCGCGGACCCCGAACACCUCGCAUUUCCGGAGAGGAGCGCAGUUCUCCCGGCAACCGCACAGGCAACAACGGUCAAAUCCAGCUUUGGCAGUUCCUGCUGGAGCUGCUGACAGACAAAGACGCCAGGGACUGCAUUUCCUGGGUGGGCGAGGAGGGCGAGUUCAAGCUCAACCAGCCCGAGCUGGUGGCACAAAAGUGGGGCCAGCGGAAGAACAAGCCCACAAUGAAUUACGAGAAACUCAGCAGAGCCCUCAGGUAUUACUAUGACGGUGACAUGAUCAGCAAGGUGCAGGGCAAGCGCUUCGUGUACAAGUUUGUGUGCGACCUGCGGACCCUGAUCGGAUACAGCGCCGCUGAACUCAACAGCCUGGUGGCGGAAUGCGAGCAGAAGAAGAUGUCGCGAGUGCAGGUGCACGGCAUCGGGCAGCCCAUCACCACAGUGACGUUGGCCACCACGCUAGACAAGGACAGCUGAAGGAGGAGAAGGGAGGCCUGAACUCUCGAACUCCCCCCGAUGAACCCUGCUGCCACAGCCGAGUGGAUGAACACUUUAUUUCGGCAUUUUUUUCAAAACCACGAAAGAGGUGGACAGCGAUUCCAAAUGAGACGUGGCAACACAUGAACGCUUUGAAUGUGACUGAAAUAAUGUCUUCCUUGUCUGUAGUGACGAUCAUUGUGUACAUAUGUACACUAAUACAACACACAAACACACCGUAUUUUUCGGACUAUAAAUCAUUCCGGGGUAUAAAUUGGACCAGUCAAAACACACACACACACACACUUAGAAGUAGCACUGUUGAAUUGUGGGGGAGGGUUCUUUUGACAAAAAACAAGACCAAAACAGAAAAAGCACCAAUGAUAAAAUGUUAAUUUUAGCUCAAAAUACAUUGUUGGUGACUCAAAUUAAGACAAGACUUGGCUGUAAAACUGUGAAUGCCAGAUUAGAAUUUUUAAAAAAAUUCAGAAUCCUAAUAAACCAUUGAAUAUUGUAUUUGCUGGUCGAAAGAGGCGGCAAUGCACCAAAAGUAUUUGCCAAGUGCCAAGAGUUAGAAGUAGCCAUGGCAUUUACCGUGUGCCGUUUUGUCAAACAAAUAAAGGGACCGUCUCCCCUGCACGUUUGCUAGUUUGGAAUGCAGCGUCCACAAGAAUUUACAUUAAGAUGCACCUGAGUAUAAGUUGCAGGACCAGCCAAACUAAGAAAAAAAUGUAACUUGUAGUCCAAAAAAUACGGUACACCGACACGUUUCAUGUUUUUGAUAGCCGUGCCACGGCCCGUGUAUUUUCAUAUUUUCCUUUUAUAGAAGAACCUUUUUGUAUUUUUAUUUUAGUCUAUGUUCCCUUCAAUUUUGGACCCUGUUUUUUGUCCAUAAGGGGAAUAAAGUGGCAAAUAAUU